CGGCGGCGGCGCCGGGCGCGCUGCGGGGCUGCCCGGCCACCGCGGGGCCGCCAUGCCCGCCAAGUCCAAGUACAACCUGGUGGACGACCGGCACGACCUCCGCAUCCCCCUGCACAACGAGGACGCCUUCCAGCACGGCAUCUGCUUCGAGGCCAAGUACAUAGGCAGCCUGGAUGUGCCACGGCCAAACAGCAGGGUGGAGAUUGUGACAGCCAUGCGGCGGAUCCGGUAUGAGUUCAAAGCCAAGAACAUCAAGAAGAAGAAGGUGAACCUCGUUGUGUCAGUGGACGGCGUGAAGGUCAUUCUGAAGAAGAAGAAGAAGCUUUUUUCCUUGCAGAAAAAAGAAUGGGCCUGGGACGAGAACAAAAUGCUCGUCAUGCAUGAUCCCAUUUACAGGAUAUUCUAUGUGUCCCAUGACUCGCAGGACCUAAAGAUCUUCAGCUACAUUGCCCGGGAUGGGUCUAGCAACGUGUUCAGGUGCAAUGUCUUCAAAUCCAAGAAGAAGAGCCAAGCCAUGCGCAUCGUGCGGACAGUGGGACAGGCGUUUGAGGUCUGCCACAAGCUGAGCCUGCAGCACACCCAGCAAAAUGCAGACGGGCAGGAGGACGGGGAUAGCGAGAGGAACGGGGAUGAUCUGGAUGUCCCAGCCUGCCGCCUCACUGCUGCAGAGCGAGCAGCCACCUCAGCUGAGGAGACUGACAUCGAUGCUGUGGAGCUGCCGCUGCCCGGGGCUGACAUCCUCGACUUCAGCCGCGGCGUCACGGACCUGGAUGCUGUGGGCAAGGAGGCGAGCGGUGACACCAAGGGCUGCCUCCACCCUGAAGACAUCCUGACCGCUUCACCCAAGAUGCUGCUGCCGUCGUCCACCCCGCUGCCCGAGCUGGGCACACCUCUGUCUGCACACCACCAAAUGCAGCUCCUGCAGCAGCUCCUGCAGCAGCAGCAGCAGCAGACACAAGUGGCUGUGGCACAGGUCCACCUGCUGAAGGACCAGCUGGCUGCAGAGGCGGCGGCACGCCUGGAGGCACAGGCACGUGUGCACCAGCUCCUGCUCCAGAACAAGGACUUGCUGCAGCACAUCUCACUCCUGGUCAAGCAGGUGCAGGAGCUGGAGUUGAAGCUGGCGGGGAACAACACCACAGGCUCCCAGGACAGCCUGCUGGAGAUCACCUUCCGCUCCAGCGUCCUCCCCGUGCUCUGCGACCCGACCACCCCGCAGCCCGAGGACACCCACCUGCCGCAGCUGGGCCCCGGCUCGGGCUUCCCCAGCACCCUGGGCAGCCCCAUAGGUAGGAACGACUGUCUGGUGAAGCUGGAGUGCUACCACUUCCUGCCGAGCUCGGGGUCGCACGCCCCAGAGCCGGCUCUGGGCAGCCUGGAGCUCCUCAAAUUCCGUGAGUCGGGCAUCGCCUCCGAGUACGAGUCCAACACGGACGAGAGCGAGGAGCGCGACUCCUGGUCCCAGGAGGAACCGCCACGCCUGCUCAACGUCCAUCCCCGGCAGGACCUGGGUGACAGUCUGGAGGAUGAGAUCGCAGUGUAGGGGAUGGCAAGAGGUGGCACAGAGCAGCCGGGACCCCCAGGGAUGGCGGAGGGAGCGUGGGGCUGGUUGGCAGCAGGGGCCAGAGCUAGGCAUGGCGUGUGAUGCUGUCGUGCUGGCAGCUCUCUCCCUGGCUUGUGCUGUGCCCAGGACCCUGAUGCGUGCAGUCCACAGCAGCUUCAGGGAGGUAGAUGUGAUGGUACUGCAGUGUCUCAGCUGGAGCAGAGGACAGAUCUUCCUUCCCUGCUGCCAGUCAUCUUGUCCUGAGUUCAGCCAGCCCUCAGCACCCUCAGCUUCAUGCAGGCUUGUGUUGCUCCCUGGUCCUCGUGUCCUCCCAAGCUGCAUUUUGAGAUCAGAAGUAAGGGAAGCAAAGAACCCUCAGCAGCAGUCUCUGCAGAGCUCCUUGUGCUGCUGGCAUUGCUGCCCAGCAACUGUGCUGGGUUAGGAGCCACUGCUAGCAGCGAUACUAUGAGGGGGAGCAUUGAAACUGGAGAAGGUUUUUGCUGGAGGAAUGAGAAAGCAGGUAUGCAGCAGGGACAGGAGGGACAACAGAGCCAGCAUAAGUUGGUUUCCUGCAUGAUAGAGAUGGUGGGAGAUGAGACUGGAGCUAUGCUACUGGGAUGAGAGAUGGUGCCCCAUCGAUGUGGGUGUGUGAGGGGGCAGGAAUGCUGGGGAGGAGCUUGGAAAGUUGAGGGGGUAAGAGGAGGUUGCACAGUAUGGCCAGGCACGGGCAGCUCCUUGCAGGCACUGGGGUUUGUGGCACUGUGGGGCAGGGCUUGUCCUUGCCUGAAGCAGACAGAGGGUGCUGGGCACUGCCUGCUCCUCUCCUGGGCUGUGAAGUGGAUAGGGAGGCACAAAUGUGCAUGCAGUGAGAGCCAGGGAGCACAGCAUAGGGAGGGUAAAUUCUCCUUACCCCAUUCCCUAGUUCUGAAGCUUUUUGGUACUGCUACCAGGUAUCAAAGCCUUUCUGGUGCUCUCAAGUCGUAUUUUCAAGCAAUUCCCUGCACCACUGCUACUGCCAGUUCCCUGCUUGGCUUUACAGACAAACCAUUCCAUUUCCAUGCAGUUGCUUGCCGCCAGACCACUGCUGGCAAUGGCUGUGUGUAGACAGACAUGCACAGCCUUUCCAUGGGAAGCAAGAUCUCCUCCUUCCCUAGCUGCUGCGGGCACAGUGUAUGCUCACAUUCCCCAGAAGGGGUUAUUCUGCAGGUUGACUUGGUGGCUGUGUAGCCCAUCAUGUGGCUGGGGUAACCCUGCUCCCAGGCAGGGUCUGGAUUCAUGGUGGUUACUUCAGGGUGUGUGCUGACCCCAGGAUGGAGAAGGGGGGCUCUGGACCCCUCUGGAAGGUGACACCAGUCAUGAGGAACUGCUGGGAACUGCCUGGUGCAGGGCUCAGUGCCUGCACUGAGCUGGAAUGGGAGAGGUGGGCACUCUACAAGGGGAGCUGGUGGGUGGCACAGUGACAAAUAACUGUGCACAUGGGCACCUUCAUGUGUCCAGUUUUCAUCUUCAGAAAAGUUAAUCCAGAAUGUCAGGGCCUCCACCAGCCCCUAGGAGGCUGGCAGAUGUUCUUGAGGGAGGCCCUCAAGAGCCAGAGCUUCUCCCUGUUCUGCAGGCACACUUACCAGUUGCCCACUGCUGCAGCCUCUGAGAACGCAGCUGAAGGGGUGAAAACCAGAUGUCCCCUCUGCUCCUUAUGGAAACAUGGGGAGACAGGAUUGGCAUGAUUGUCUUCCACUUCUUCCACCCUCCUGUCCUGCUUCUGCUUUGCUUUGCUGCUUGCCUGCUGCUUUCCCUUUUGCCAGCUGUCUCUGCUUGUUCUGCCUGCAUCUAAAUCCUGGCUGCGUAUCUCCCAGACUCAAGCUCUUGCUCUACUCCAAUGUUUGACCCUGCUGUGAGGAAGGUUCAUGGUUUCCUCCUGCUCCAGUCCCCUCGGGGCUGAGGAGUAGGGUGUGGGCAAGAACCCAGGGGGAGCAAGGGCUGUGCUGUGCACUGUCCACCCCAUGAGGAGGUGGGCAGUGCAGGUAGCAGAGCUGUCAGGAGCUAGAGAGUCGUAGUGGGAAGGAAGGAUAUGUCCUCUGAUGGAUCUUGUGUCAGCACCAAGGGGCAUGUGGGGAAUGUGGAGGUCAAAGGCAGCCUUGGCUGCAGUGACCCUGUGGAAUUCUUAAGAUUCUUAGAUCAGGGAGGGGAGUGAAAAUCCCUCUUUGUGGAUCUGCUGGAAGAACCCUGUAGAUUGUGACCUUUGAGUUAAGAGCAGCCCAAUAAAGCUGACUGAUACUCAAAGAUCACCUCCUCCAAGCUCAAGAGUGGUCCAUCCCAUCAAACAGAAAGUCAGGCAAAAAAAUGGAUGAGCAAGGAGCUCUUGGUCAAACUCAGACCCCAAAAAAGAGGCAUAUAGAGGGUGGGAGCAAGUACAGACAACCUGGGAGGAAUAGAAACAUUGUCUGAGCAUCUCAGGAUGAAGUUAGGAAAGCUAAAGACCAGAUGGAAUCAAAUCUACACAGAAAUGUCAAAGACAAGAAGGGCUUCUGUAAGUAUGUUGGUGACAGAAGGAAGAGUGCAGGUUAUCUCUGAGCUGAUUCCAGCCUUUGAUGCUGUCUCCAAAAGAUCCUCAUAGACAGGUUCUUGAUGUAUGGGACGGAUGGGCAGACAGUGAGAUGGGUUAAAAACUGGCUGAACAGCCAGGCCCAGAUGGUAAUCAUCAGUGCAGACUAGUUGGAGGCCAGCAGCUUGCAGUGUACCCUGGAGGUCAGGGGUGGUACAGUCCCGUUGAACCUCCGCAUGGACGAUCUGGGUGAUGCUGCACUCUCAGCACAACUGCAGACAGCAAACCUGGGAGCAGCGGCUGCUGAUCCACCAAAGGGCGGUGCUGCCAUCCAGAGGUGGGCUGCUCUCAGAGGUGGGCUGGUGGGAACCUCCUGGAGCUGAGCAAGAAGUGCAGUGUCCUGGCCCUGGGAUGAACAAGCCCAGGCAUUGGGAUAUUCCAAAAAGCAGCUUGACAGAGGUGGAGCUGAUGGUCCUGGAGGACACCAAGCUGAGCUGAGGCAGCAGGUCGAGGCAGUGAUUCUGCCCUUCUGCUCGGCACUGGUGAGGCCAUGCUGGGAGCACUGUGGGCUCCCCAGUGCAAGAGGCACAUGGAGGAGUCUCUCCUGGAGGAGAGACUGGUGAGAGGUCGUGGCAAUGGGGAAGGGACAGGAGCACCUCUGCUGAGAGGCUGAGGGAGCUGGGACUGUUCCUCCUGAAGAAGGCUCAGGGGAAUUUAUUGAUGUGUUUAGAUACCUGAAGGGAGGGGUGCAACGAGGACGGAGCCGGGUAUUUUUCAGGGGUGCCCAGGGAUAAGACAAGAGGCAGUGGAGACAACUGGAACAGGAAGUGCAGUGUGAACACUGGGAAGCACUUGUGUGCUGUGAGGGUGGCUGAGCUCUGGCACAGGCUGCCCAGAAAGGCUGUAGGGUCUCUUUCUUGGGAAGUUUCAAAAGCACCUGGCCAUAGGCCUGGGCACCCUGUGCCAGGUGGCUUUGCUGGAACAGGACUUGGACCAGGUGGACCUUCUAAUCAUUCUGUGAUUGUUUCAAUGUGCCCACCAGUGGCCUGUUGUCCAGGGAAGCCCCCACACCAGCUCCAGAGGGGAUAGAGCAGGAGUGGGUGCAGCACAUCCUGGGUAUUUCCUGCAGGCAGGGCUCAUGGUCAGCACAACCACAGGGAAUGGUGAGCUGUGCCCCAGGGCUGACAGGGGUGCUGCAGCCCCCUGUGCCUUGCCAGAGCCAGCGGGGAGCCACCCUGUGCCCUGCUGCACUGAGGCACCACGUGUAUGUGUGAGUGGUCCUCCUAACCCAGCACUGCCUACAAAAUGCCUCUCUAGCUUCUUACUUUUGUUAUGGACCUUGACCGGGGUUUUAUAGCUAUAUUUUUUUGUCCUUUCUUUUCCUAUUACUGUCGUGUUACUAACUGUUGACUCGGUCUAUCUGAGAAACCAAUCUGUCAAUGUAAGUGCACUUAACCCUUGGGUGUUGUCAUUAGUUGAUUGGCUUUUGCUAAAUAAAUCUUUCUAUUUCUCAAGGCUUUCUGUUGUCUCUUCCUUCUUGCUGACUCUCUCUCUUUCUAUACUCCUCCUGCCACACUCUGCCAGCCUGGGCUGGCAGCCAGCACCGGGGGUGGCACCCCCAGCAUUGCACAGAUUCUCUUGGAACUGAGCAUCCUCCCCAGCAGGACCCUGCAGCUCUCAGCUGUGCCGACUGCCAGCUGACUGUGAGAGAGGAGUGCCCCAAAUGAUGUUGGUGUCAUCUCAGGGCUGUUCGACAGCUCAAGGGUGCCUGUGGGCUGCUGCGGCUUGCACACCUCUCUGCAGAGAUGCUAAGCAGAGCUUUCCAGGCAUUGGGAAUUUUUGGCCACUGGGGAA